AUGGCAAAUUCGCUCAUACGACUUGUCAUACGAGACUAUGUGCUCACGUUAGACCAGGUACAAUGGAUCGUAGGCGUCUUGAGCAACGAACACUCGGAACUUAGGAGCUUGCAGCUGCAUAUGCAUACCCUGAGCUGCGACCUGUUCGACCUGCUCGCUACCAAAUUGCCGAGACUCUACCACCUCGAGCUGUGCUUCCACUCGCUCGUGAGCAACGACGAUGGAUCCCCUAACUACUAUUACGACCCGUAUACCGAGAAGGCCCAAGCCUUUGUCACAGACAUGACUGACCGUCGAUACCCCGAGUGGGCCCUACGUCAUCUAACGGUCAGGCCCCUUUACCACCGCUCCGAGAGGUGA